AUGCGUAACUUGGCACAAAGUGAGGUCGAGCAGCAUAUGCUACACUGCCCAAAGGUGGACAACUUGAAGCAUUUUUCAAAGACGUAUAGUUCCAAGCCUCAUCUCGCAGGGGACUUACAACAUGCCGAAUCGAUCCGAGACCUAUGGCAAUCAUAUGGUGUCCAAACUGAUCUAGUUCGCUACGAUGUUUUGCAAAAUUUUCCCGUCAAAUCUUCCUUGAGCCUGCUCUCUAGCGACGGGAGCACGGUAGCGUUUAGAGCGAGUUUGACAGAAGUCGAGAUCGCUGAGGACCCGACUUCGUCUCCGAGCAAUGGUUUCCCUGCUUUCCAUGGAUUCAGUGCCAACGGGGAAGUGACUGCUGCUGAGUUAGUAUAUGCGAAUUUUGGAACUCAUGAAGAUUUCAAGCUUCUGAAUAGUAAAGGUGUAUCAGUGCAGGGAAAGGUCGUCAUCUGCAAGUACAGCAUGGUGUUUAGAGGAUUGAAAGUACGGGCAGCUCAGAAAUUCGGAGCCGCAGCGGUGCUGAUUUAUAAUGACCCCCAAGAGGAUGGUGAGCUCACCAUUGAGAACGGUUACCAGCCAUAUCCUCACGGGCCGGCACGCCACCCAACAAGCAUUCAGCGAGGCAGCGUGGAUUUCUUCUCCGUUGCUGUUGGGGAUCCUACUACACCUGGCUAUCCCAGUCUACCUGGGCCGGAUACUGAGCGCCAAGACCCGAGUGAUGCAAUUCCAAGCAUACCAUCGUUACCCAUUUCCUACACAGAUGCGCUGCCAUUCCUCAAAGCACUUGACGGCCACGGCCUAUCGUCAAAGGAUAUGGGAGGACAAGAUUGGAAGGGAGCUUUACCUGGUGUGGAGUAUUGGACUGGCCCGUCAAAGGCCAAAGUUUCGCUAGUCAACCAAGGCGAAUAUCGGAUUUCACCUAUAUAUAACGUGAUUGGCACAAUCCCUGGCCGGGCACAGGAAAUUGUCAUUCUAGGGAAUCACCACGAUUCAUGGUGUUGUGGUGCUGUCGACCCGGUAAGCGGGGGUGCUGCGAUGAAUGAGGUGGUACGUGGACUGGGGAGCCUCGUUCAGGCCGGUUGGCAGCCUUACCGGAAGCUCAUCCUUGCAUCCUGGGACAAUGAAGAAUAUGGACUGGUGGGUUCGACCGAGUUCGGGGAAGAGUAUGAGAAGGAGCUCAGUGAAAACUGCGUAGCCUACAUCAAUGUCGAUGAGUCCACGAAUGGCGGGCAGAUACUUGGGGCGACUGGAAGCCCAUUACUAGCCGAUGCACUUUCUCAUGCGAUGAGCAUCAUUCCAUCCCCGAUCAACGCCAACAGCACAGUCUUUGAUGACUGGAAGGACUGGACGGACACAAACAAUGGCGCUUCUUUGCUGGCGCCCAUGGGCACUGGAAGUGAUUACACGGUAUUCUUUCAUCAUAUGGGCAUUCCUUCGCUUGACCUCGUUUUCAACAAGCGCGGAACUGCGGUGUACCCUUAUCAUUCGAAUUAUGACAGUCAUUUCUGGAUUGAAAAAUUUGGCGACCCAGGAUUCAUGAAACACUUGGCGAUGGCGAGACUGUGGGGCAUCUUGGCUGUGAGAUUGGCGGGCAUCCCUCUUCUCGGCUUCGCAGCCCAAGACUACGCGUCAACAGUGGAGAAACAUGUCUUGAAUCUCCAGUCAAGGGAAAUAGCAAGACUAGAUCUUGAACCUCUCAAGAGUUCAGUUGCAAAAUUCGCAGAAGCAACGACGUCCUUAGAUGAGCUAGCUCGUGGUUGCGAUCUGUCAACAUUGCGAGGGCAGAAAGUCAGCCGCAGCCAAUUUGGCGUCGCAGAGAUCAAUAAACGCUACCGAGAAAUUGAAAAGAGUUUUAUUCUGAAAUCCUCAAAGGGGCUACCCGGAAGGCCAUGGUACAAGCAUUCGGUCUUUGCCCCAGGCUUAUGGGCUGGGUAUGAUGGUGUUGUCUUUCCCGGAAUCUUGGAGAGCGUUGAGGAAGAAGACAUUGACAAAGCCAAUAAGUGGGUAAGACGCAUUGCUGGCCAUAUUCAGGACGCGUCCAGUGCCGCUGUUGGGGUUUGA